AAUGUAUAUGUGCAAAAUUAUAACAAGUUGGGAUGGUUGCACAUCAUGAUUAUUUUUUUUUUGUUUGGUUAUAUCAAGAAUUGUAAAUAUUAGGAUUUUUCUGCCAUUAAUUUGAUUCAAAAUUGAAUCUUGAUAAGAUUUUCUUUUAUCUUCUUCUCACAAAAUUGAAUCCAUUUGGGUUUUUUCAGUUGAGCUGAGAUUUUGCUGUUUGGCCUUUAAAAGUCUGUACAAAUGAAUUCUUCAACAUACACUCAGUUUGUUGCCUCGAGAAGGAUGGGCAUAUGUGAGCCGAUCCAUCAAAUUGGCAUGUGGGAUGAUUUCAAUGCUAGUUGUCCGAGUACAUCGACAACCAUGAUUCUAGAAGUUGAGAAAUGCCUAGAGGACCAGAUACCGAUGAUGGACAAAAGAUUAGACAUUGAGACAGAAGAUACUUCGCAUGGAACAGUAGGGACUUCUAAUAGAUAUGAAGCGGAAACAAGUAAACCCAUCGAGAAGGUACUUAGACGUCUUGCUCAAAACCGUGAGGCUGCUCGUAAAAGCCGUUUGCGGAAGAAGGCCUAUGUUCAGCAGUUAGAAAAUAGUAAAUUGAAGCUGAUUCAAUUGGAACAAGAACUAGAUCGGGCCAGAAAACAGGGUCUGUAUGUAGGUGCUGGUUUAGAUGCUAGCCAGCUAAGUUACUCUGGAACUGCUAGCUCAGGAACUGCUGUAUUUGAUACGGAGUAUGGUCAGUGGGUGGAAGAGCAAAAUAGACAAACAAAUGAUUUAAGGAAUGCUCUGCAUCAUUCUCAAAUUAGUGAAGCGGAAUUACGCAUUAUCGUUGAUGGUUGCCUGAACCACUACUAUGAGCUCUUCCGCGUCAAGGCUACGGCUGCUAAAGCUGAUGUCCUAUAUAUCAUGUCUGGCAUGUGGAAGACAUCAGCAGAACGCUUUUUUAUGUGGAUUGGGGGGUUUCGGCCAUCCGAGCUUCUAAAGGUACUCACACCACAUCUUGAGCUCUUGACAGAACAACAACUCCGGGAGGUUUGUAACCUCAGGCAAUCGUGUCAGCAAGCAGAAGAUGCCUUAUCACAAGGAAUGGUAAAACUUCAUCAGAUUCUCGCUGAGGCUGUUGCAGCUGGUCAAUUAGGUGAAGGGAAUUACUCUCUUCCGCAGAUGGGGCCUGCCAUCGAGAAGUUGGAAGCUCUUGUUAGGUUCGUAAAUCAGGCAGAUCAUCUCCGGCAAGAAACACUUCAACAGAUGUCCCGCAUCCUGAAUACGCUCCAAGCAGCUCAGGGCUUACUCGCCUUGGGGGAGUACUUUGAACGGCUUCGUGUUCUAAGCUCACACUGGGCUACUCGUCUUCAUGAGCCGGCCUAAUGAAGCUAUAGAAGAUCCCUCAAUACACCAUUCGACGAGUUUUGCCUUCAGAAACUAUACUAUGUAAGCUAAAAUUUAGCUCUUGUUUAUGUCAAUAAAGCUCUCAAUAUGAAUAUAGGACAUUAUACUAGUUGUACAAAGGGUCUCCAAGAGUCUAUUGUGGCUUAUGUUUCCGAGCAACUUUUGAACG